UCCACGUGCAGACAAGUGUUGGUAUAAGAAAGUAAAUAGUGAAAAAUAUAUCGGAGAAUUAUAUAGAUUUUUAGAAAUAUAAUGUACGUUUUCAAGCCGUUUGUUUUGACUGAAUGUUCAAAUCCAUCAAGUGCAGCUAAACCGUCUCCUAGAACCUUCCCGACGAUAUUCACCGACGAGAAAUAUCUCUACUCAUUUAGUGGUUAUAAGUACAUAGUAAACAGAUUCACUAUCACGGAUUACGACAAUCCGCGAAUAAUAAAAGAAAUUUGGAAGUACAAUUUGUCCACCGGAGUGUGGUCAUGUUUGCCAGAGCAACGGUACUUGCCGACAAACAGCGAAAUAAUUCUCGGCAUGACAUUCAAGUCCGACAAAUUAAUCGUCGCUACUUGGAACGAGAACCAGUCAAAGGGUUACCUGUACACCCAUCAUCUCAAGGACGAAAAUCGAGUGGUUAAAAUAAAAGCCAAAGGACCGAUACCUGAACGAUCGAUCAUUCAUAAUUUUGUAAAUCACGGCUCAUAUUUAUAUACUAUUGGUAAUAAUCAUAAUUUAAGUGUCUACAGAAUUGAUCCGGAGACCGGGAUAUGGGAAAAGCUGUGCCCGGAAAACGGCAAUGACUUUCCUGGGUACUAUGAAGAUGUCGAGCUGGCCUAUGACGGGAAAAAGAUCUACGUUUUGUUUGUAAAAUUGUACGAAGAGAGAAUCCGUGAGCUCAAGACAAUACAGGCCUAUGACAUUGAGCAAAACCGCUGGUACAUUUUAUCAACCACCGGAGAUCCAGAUAACGAUAAACCUUUUCCUGAUAUCAGGACCAAUUUCGGUAAUUCUUUGUACGUUGAUCCUGAAACCAAGGAAGUGAGUGUAAUUAUAUCUGGAGGAAACAUGAAUCAUACGAUUUACAAUGACAUUUGGCGACUGAAUCUCCGUACGCUUCAAUGGACAUGUUUGAAUAAACUGGGAUCCACUCUUCCACAAGCUAUUUGUGAACAUGAUGCGCUGGUCUCACUCACUGGCAAGAUGUAUGUCUUUGGUGGACGGAUUAAAAACACAAAUGACAGAUUGAUUGAAGUUAAUAAUCUUUACUCUGCUUGGCUAAGGAUACCGAAACUCGCAGACAUAUGUUGGGAUGCUGUUAAUUAUUAUUACAGAGACUUGAAUACUAAGACAGAUGAAGAAUUAUUUGAACUUGGACUACCUGUUAAUUUCGUCAAGUCCAGAUGCCAGUAAAUUAAUUAUCAUAAUAGAAAUAAUAAUAAUAAUAAUAAUAAUAAUAAUAA